UAACUCCGACAAUGACUGAAAGCUACUCCAAGAUAGAAGAUGAAACUUUUCCGAGCUUUUUGGGCGAGUCGAUAAACAGCAAUGCCAGCGUGGCGUUAGAAAAUUGUACGCUCACAUCGAACCUCGGACUUCCAGUCGCUGCCUCCACUGUAGCCAAAGCCCGUUCUGGUUUUGACAGAGUACCUGAUAUUCAGGCUUCGUAUUUGUGUAAUGAGAAACUGUCCCCAACUGACUCAGCUGAUUCCGGUUCAUCUCGUAGAGAUUCUAAAGGGAAGCAUGUUCUUAGUUUCAAGGAUAAACUAGAUGGCCAUGAUACAACUGUUGCGGAUAACACACUCUCUGAUAUACAGCGCCCUGAAUCAAAAGAUACGCGAGGUUUAUCAGAUGAUUUAUGCACACUUCCACGUAGCAAGCACAAAGAAAAGGAUUCGUCUUUACCGCAUUUGUAUAAAGAUAUCAGGAACCAAGUGCUUAACGAUGACUUUGGCGCAUCGAUAUCAAGUUUCCUCGAAAAUGAAAAACUGAUUUCUAUAGCCAGCUUAGACGGCAGCUCUUCAGAUGACCUGGAUGAUGAAGAGUUUUAUGAUGACCAGUUGGAGUCCUACUUCAGGAAGCUUCUCCCACCGGGAAUGCAGCGUGAAGCUAUUGAAGGACAGGAGAUUUCAGAACCCAAACCCAUCUCCUACACACCAGUUAGCAGUCCUCCAAGCACACCGGUCAGCCAGCAAUCAGAACAGCUACAGUUUCUUGAAGAUUACGAGGAAGACUUCCAGAUGCUUCACGUGCGCUUGGCAGCUACUGGCAUGGAUUCAGCACCAAGCAGUGAUGAGGAUGAUGUUGAACUAGAGCUGGAAAAUGCUGCACGGCAACAUCUGCAAAGACAACUGGUUGGUGACCAAAAUAGGCCGAGUUUUAGACCAGGAUUGGAAGGUGGCAGUUCUGAAGAUGAGUCCUCUAAACAAUGUAAAACUGCUUCUGCUGUGGCAGCUUCUAGGCAGUCUGCAGAAGGCCAUGUUCUCACCUCUCAGACACCUUCACCUGUUGCAGAAGUCUUCAGCGCAGGAGAUGGUAGCAGUGGAAGUGACGACGAAGACAAGACAAUACAAAUGUCUCCUGCUCACAUGGCAGAGUCCUGGGAAGCAGAGCUCGUAACAAGAAAUGUGGCUGGUGAAGAAAGUGAGAGUAUUACGCAGGUUCCAUCUGCAAAACAUGUAAGCAAAGAUCGCAAAGAACCUGUUGGAGACGGAACCACAUCUAAAGCAAGCCAACGUAUUUCUUCUCAGUUUGAUGCAACACAAGCUUCAAAGUAUAACAGCAUGUUUAAUGAUAUCGCUGAUGGGAAGAAGCUAGAUUCUUUCUAUUUUCAAAAAGGAAAUAACUCGGACAAGCAGACGGCUUCUUUGUUCAAUGAUUCUCAAGGUAGCCAAGAUGUGAAAAGAUUAUCAGAUGCCUAUCUGUCCCCUACAUGCCCAAGAAGCCACAAGGAUUGCCCGGAUGACUCUGGAGCCUGGCAGUCUACGAACAAGCAACUGUUUCAGUGGAGCUUUGGCCAGUGUGUGAAUAGUAAAGAGGGAAGUCCACAACAUAGUGUAGUUUACCAAAAUGAAGAGGGCAAGUGGGUGACUGAUCUUGCGUACUUCAAAUCUUUUGACAAUGAGCCUGGUGUGCGGAUCUCUGAAACGGCAGGAAACCCAGUUAACGAGAGUGAUUUUAUUGUUGGAAAUGAUGCUUUAGCCGUCAUUGAAGAAGAUCAGGAGCAGUUUGAGAAGGAACACAGGUUUAUUCAGGAGGAGAAAAUGGAUUUGGAAAAUAUUUCCCUGAACAUGGGUGACACCUCAUGGAAGCUGCCACCAAGUCAUGUAUGCCAGAAAACCUCUCUGGUGUCUUCUGUGUGUCAAGAAGAUGCAAGCUAUUUACGCCUUUCCCUUGGAGAAUUUUUUGGUCAGAGGUCCGAGGCUCUGGGCUGUCUUGGUGGAGGUCAAGAUGUUAAACGGCCCUCCUUUGGUUAUCACAUCAUUUCCCCGGAGAAACAGGAACCUAUUACGUUAUUAAGGACAUCUGAUGUUUCAGGGCACUCAGAGCAUGAUGAUACCAUCAAAUUUUGCGAUGACACUUUAACUCCAGAAGACCUUGGAUGCUUACCAGAUGAUCAAAAACUUGCAUCAGCUACGUUUGAUAUUAGACUGCCAGCAAAGAAGAACGAUGGGGUUAGUUCUGUUGAGACGGAAGAAAAUAAUCAUCCGGUAUCAGAUAAUGAGGGACAAACUAUCACUGUAGAGCCUGUACAGGAAUUAUCAGAGCAGACACGUUUUAGUAUAAGCCAGAUUGCUAAAGCGAUAGCCAAUGCCUCUUCAAGUGCGGAUCAGUCUCAGUUAACAGCUAUGAUAAUGGCCCUUUCCAGUAAAAAUAAAAACAUUCAAAUGGAUUUAGCUCCUGAGAACCUAGACCGCUCUGACAUCAACCAGUUGUUAACUGCAUCGCUACAGAAAUGCAAUGCAGAAAACUUUGACAUGGAGAAAUAUUUGAGAGCAGCUGAUAUUAGUGGCCGUGAAAGUGAUGUUGAGAGCUUUGUGCAGUCUGUGAAAGAUUUCACGUGGGACAUGUCUUUUAGAGACAAGCAGACGUUGCAGGAUUCUGUCGGGGAUCUAACCAAUAUCACUGAUAUUCAGAAGCAAGAUCUGAAGAAACCGGAUCCAUCCAGCGAAAUACAUGGCGGUCCCCUUCAGCUCGAGAGCUCUUCUGAGAAAUCUCAAGGCAAAGCUGUAUGCCAUGUUUCAUCUUUGACCAGCGCUUCCAAAGCUACUGACAGCGGAAACCUCCCUCCAAAAGUAAAAGCAUGCGUGGAAAGGCCUGUAGAAAAACCCAAACAAAACGGGCGCUUAUCCAGUGACAGAUACACGGGACAGUGGAAAAGUGGUAUUCCUGUACUGCCUGUUCAAAGGGAUUUUAACACUCCAGAGAAUAAAGUAAAACCUUUGUCUGAAAGGGUGAAUGGAGGGACUCAAGUCGCUGGCACAAAGCCUGUACAAAACGAAAGCUAUUUACAGGCCAAGUCACAUGUGUCCAAGAGCGCAAACAUCUUGAAGUCACCCAAGAGAUUGAGUUCCCGUUUGCCCGAUGAGCCGCCAGAUGUCAAUGACGCCAAAAAACUUGGUGAAUAUAGCCACCAAAAGCGUGUUAGUUUUCAAACGUCUGCUUCCAAUGCAGGACCCCACAAGGAUACAGGACCCCACAAGGGUACAGUUUUUACAGACCAUGAUGCUCAUGGAUUGGAGGAGGAACAAUACAGCUUUCGACCUUCAACUUGCCCUUUAAUCCACUCUUCUCCAAGCCAAGAUUCACUGAAGAUUUCUGAUCAAGGGUCUAGUGAUUGUCAGGAAAGUAUUGCUUCAGAGGACUCCUGUGUUAGUCCAAGCCUAAGUCGAUUGACCUAUAUCUCUAUGGCAGAGAAUACUCUGCAGACUACAACUAUUCCAAGUCCAGAAAAUAAGAGCAAUAACACCAUUGAACUGAGCACAACUAUUGUACGUGCAAGCCCCACGCCUUCAGAAAUGCAAACGAAUCCAAGUUAUUUAUCAUGGGAACAGAAAAAACGCCAGAUAUCAAGUACUAGCCCGUUAAAAACCAAGAAUCCCUCCUUGGUGAAUAACAUCGGGGUUACAAAGGAUGCGUUUUUAAAACGGCACGAUAAAAGAGAACUCGAUGACACCGUGCAACGUUUCAAAGAAAAAAUGAGUGCUGCCGCUUCUAGUGGUGAUUCGGUCGGCUCUUUCCAAGGGGCGCCUGUCCAUCUAGACACGGCGUUUCCACACACAAAGUUUACAGCAACAUCAGGUCAAGUUCUUGCUUCAGGUAACGUUAUCCCACCAAGUGGCCUGGAUAAGUACCCGCUAAUGCAAAACAUGAACCUUAACAGCCAGUUUAUGUCUGGCUUCACGUCUGCCUUGCCUGCCACUGAACCGCAAAAAUUCCCACCAUCUCUUCCGACGCUUCUCACUGGGCAACCUCUGUCAACGACACCGUUUGCACAACACUACCUCGGUAGCAUGCCAUCUGUCGGGAAUACAUCUGCACAGACAUACCAGGUUGGAAGCUCUGCACUUUGUUCAGGACAUCAUAGUUGUCCGAUGCCAACGCAGAACGCCGUCCCUGGAGUUCCACUGAGUACAAACGCUGGAUUAUUGGCUUCUCUACAAGUGAAUAAUCACAUGUCUGCCAAACAAGACAUCGUUACAGCAAAUGAUUAUGGUGGGAAAUAUUUUGGUGCAGCUGGACUUCAGCAGUGGAGUACAAGAACACAGCCUGGAUUUGGUCAGGUUCUGGUGCCUGAAGAGCUCACGUUUGCCAGCGCGUGCUGUGUUGGCAUUGCUUCGCAGGCGUCCCUAAAUGUUUUCAAUCCAAAUGAUAGAUGGAUGCAGGUUAAUCUGGGAAUACUCAGUAUUGCUGUGAAUGGUGACAAAGUUGACGUUGCCGCUUACCAGUGUUUGGUUUUCAAGAAUAAAACAAUAAUUGCUCCACGAACAGCAGAAGAAAUACAAUUUCUCUUCUUACCGCAACGAUCUGGCCUCUUCCAGUGUGUGGUUGGCGUUUUUUCUUGGCCGGUGUCUGCGGAUACAGAAACAAUAAUGAGAGCGGAAGCCGCUCCUACCAAAGUUCUGCUGACUGCGGUUUCAGAAUAUCCGGCGAUAGAGGUGGAUACAGGGAAGAUAGAAGGUUUGGAUUUUGGCGAUCUCUCGGCAGGCUGUUGGAAAGCUCUUCCUCUUAAACUAAUAAAUAGGACUCACGCUACGGUGCCAAUUCGGCUUAUUAUUAGUGCUAAUGCAACAGCCUGGCGUUGCUUCACUUUUUCUAAAGACCCGACAAAUCUCGCGAGUGAAUACCCCUUACAUGGUGACAUAUCCAAGUUAUCAUCGCCCUCUGUGAUAAGCCAUGUGAUGCAUGCUACAUAUGAUGGACAGGAGCCAGAAUCUAUUGUUGUUUGGAUUGUAUUUCACGCUCCACAAUCUUACAACACUUCAGGCUCUUUAGGAGCAGCAGAGGAGUUUCUGGCAAGGGUUGACGUGGAAGUGGAUAGUCCUGGUCCUGCAUGUGUAUUAAAAAGUGUCCCGCUGCAUGCGAGAGCCGGGUGUGCUAGGAUACAUGCCCCUAAGGAUCUGCAGACCAUUCAUUUAUUGUCUCACGUGGGUUCAUCUGCAAAACAACUGCUGCCGCUAAAAAAUGCAGGGAAUAUUGCUGUCCAUUUGAAGUUAAAGUCGUCUAAUCCAGACUGCAGUUUUACCGUAGAACCUGAAGAUUUGUUCCUUGUGCCAGGAGAAGAGCAAAUGGUUGCAGUGAAAUUCUCUCCCAAGUAUUCUAAACCUCAGAAAAGCCUUCUGAAAAUCAUUGUGCAGCCAUCGGGCCCCCAGUAUGAGGUUUCAUUGGUGGGGGAAACAGAGACUACAGUGAGCAGGAACUCCAUAAACCCAGCUUUGGCGAAUGCUCCGGAUGUUCCUCCAAUUCUAUCCAACAAGCAGUUUGUAUCUUGGGGUGGCGUUACUCUUGGAAGAGCAGUUCAGCAGAAGCUAAUACUCAGGAAUACUUCUCCAUCUUCAAGCCAGCAUUUGCGCCUUUUAAUCAGAGGCCAGGAUCAAGAUUGCUUUCAGUUGCAGACCAUCUUCGGACCUGAGGAACGUCUGACCGGUAAUAGAGAACUUACGAUCCGUGCGAAAGAGGAUGCUACCAUCCACCUGAUGUUUACUCCGACUCGUGUUGGAUGUAUGCUCGCAAAGCUAGAAAUUAAACAGUCUGGAAUUAAAACCUCUCUUCCCGGUGUCAAAUUUACUAUACCGCUUUCUGGCUACGGUGGCACAAGUAAUGUCAUUCUUGAAGAUGUCAAAAAGCUAUCUGACAGCUACAUGGUAGCCCUAAAAGGUGUUUCUCCUGGAAGAGCGAGCAAAGUGCGCUUUUGUGUAAGAAACACCGGUUCGCGCGCUGCGUACGUGAAAGCCGUGUGUUUUGCAGACUUUCAGACGAAUGCUGUUAUGGAUCCCAAAGUGUUUAGUGUGAAUCCAGAGAAGUUCGUGCUGAAGGAGAGGUCGCAUGAGUUUGUUACAAUAUCCUGCAAUGCAACCGUGAGAGAGCAAGCACUGUGUCAGAGCAGCACUUCGCUCAUAUCUACAGUAUGCUUUUUCAGCGGUGAUGAGAUAGCGAGGCAACAGUACCGCAGAGCAUUGCUACAUAAACCCGAAACGGUCGGCAAAGUCAUUUCAGAAAAUCCAUUAUUGAAGAACACAAGAUUUGAUGAAGAGUUUCCUGGAGAACACCUAGUGUCUGAAGUGUACGAUUUGCCCCAAAGACCAAAUGAUGUUCAGCUGUUCUAUGGAAAUAUGAAUAAAACCAUACUGUCCGUCGUUGGAAGUGGGUUUGAUAGAAAUUCUGGUGAAGAUCCAGUCCAGUCGUCUGUCAGAGCGAAUGUAAACGGCAUGGUGGGCAGUACAGAAAAACCAGGAAACACCUCUCUGGACGUGCUGCCAGUAAAAGGACCCCAGGGACCUCAUUUGGUGGCCAGUGCACAGAGACCUGGCCAGGAUUCUCCUGUGUCUGAGCAAACCUGGAGCGUGCAGCCAGAGUCCCUCGUGCUGUCUGCACCGUCCAUUAGUGGUAUGGCAGGAACAGGUCAUAUAAAGCUGGUGAACAACUCUGUGAGGCAGUUACAGUACGAGUUGUCAUGGCCAGCUCAUUGUUUGACUAUAACGCCCCAUCAUGGAACCAUUGAACCCAUGCAUCACAUAGUCAUCCUUGUCAGUCCCAACCCUUCCCUUGCAACAAAGCAGAACAUGAUUCCAUGGAAUGGUCAGAUUUAUGUGCACUGUGACAAUGGACAGAAGUUUGUUAAAGUGCGGAUAAGCGGGGAUAGUCAUUUGGAAAAGCCUGCUCCUAGCCCUGUAACAAAACCCCUUCCUAUCCUUGCCCCUCAUCCGGAAACACCUGUCCAUAUGGCAAAACCACUGCCGAAGUCCUCCUCGACAAAGGUAGAAAUUAAAAACCGCACGCUUGUGUUCCAUAAAACACCGUCAGGAGGAAGUUCAGAGACGUUUUUGGAUGUUGAGAAUCCAGGAGAGGAAGAUGUUAAAUGGCUUUUAACCUCUUUUGCACCUCCGUAUGUAAAGAGAGUUGAUCACAGCGGGGAUGUAUAUCGAGUUACUUAUGCUGCUUUCAGGUGUUCACGUGUAUCCGGUGUGCUUGCGGCUCAUGAUAAAUUAAAGGUAGCCAUUUCAUUUUUUCCUCGCGACAGAGGAGAUUAUACCCAGUACUGGGACCUUGAAUGUCACCCAAUCUCAGAACCACAUUUGAAGCACAAAGUGAGAUUCCAACUGUGUGGCGAAGUAAGUUCUAUAGAAGUUGCACCAGGGGCAAGUUUAGGAGAGUCACAAGUAAGGGCUGAUGAGACGGUGAAGCCUAGGAGAAGAUCUGGCUCUGAGGCAUCCACUUUGAGGCCUGUGCAAGAUGACCGGGUCCGUGGAGUGUAUGCGCCUGAAGAAUUGUAUACGUUUCCUUCGACAGCAGUUGGCACGUCUAGCACCUUGAAAGUGAACUUGCAAAAUAACUCAUUCUCGGCAUAUAUGCUGAAAUUUGUUAGCCCAGACGAACCUUUUCAUAUGAAGUAUUCCAAAUACUCCUUAAGAGCUCACCAUUAUAUCAACCUCCCGGUGAAAUUCAAGCCAAGCUCCGCCGGCAAUUUCGAGGACUGCCUGGUCGUACAGACAGACACCGGAAGUAUCUGUAUUCGACUUGUUGGUGAAGCGGUGUCCAAAUGAUCUUUCCUGUUCGUCCCGUUGUAGCUCUUCUUCCACACUGCUGUCAUGUAAAAUAUGUAUAUGAAACUGUCAAAACAAGUGAAUAUUUAUAUUUAACACUACAUAUGAAAAAAGUACAUGCUCGCAGCAGUCAAACUGAGGUUAUAUUGAACAUGCUUGUAAUUUAUUACAUAGGACAGCAGUGUGUG